AUGUCUAGCUAUGGUAUGUCUCGAACUACUGGUUUGGUUUACCCAUAUAUCCAAAGCUUUGUCAAUGUGAGUUCUUGUGGCCAACCGACUUUUGUCUUCUACUUGCAGUUUGACAAGAUUAGUAAAAGGCUUGAUCUCAAACCCGACAUGGCCAAAGCUUGCCAGACCUUGAAAGUAUGA